AUGUACUGCAGCAGAGAAUGUCAGAAGGCAGCGUGGGUCGUUCACAAGCUCCGCUGCUACGCAAGGGAUGAGAAUGCCCACGAUGCCGCGCGCCACCAAGUCGAUGUCCAGCUGAACGGUUUCCGGAGUAUAGGCAAGUUCUCCCAAGUACUCAGGGACUUCAUAGAGGCCCACUCCUGGGCAUUCCGGCACUACGUAAAGGCACAUGCCCUGCUCGCAGGCGAUUUGGAUCAUGCAAACGGCCCGACAAAGCUCUUGGAGAUCAGGCUACGAUCGCUCACCACUCGAGGUUCCGCGAUCAACCCCGCGCACCCGUUUGAGCUAGUAGCGUCCCGCUGGCUGACCGUGGCGGAGCACACGAGCGAUCCUGAUUGCGCACGGAUCUGGCAAGAAAACGCAAGGAUGCGCGAAGACGCUUACAACAUCUAUAGGCGUGCCCCGCGGUUCGCCGGUCUACUCCCCGUGCUCUGGACAGUCGAGCACAUGGCGACCUGGACCGUGCAAGUUCGCGCCUACUUCAGCCUGCAUCCCGACAUCUCGCGAAAAUUCGGCGAGGAACAGCGUAAUGCUAUCUUCAUCGCGGCGCACACAUUCUGUUCUAGCAGCAUAAACCUUGGGUCCGCGCUGCGAUGUGCCGACGGCCCGGGGCACAUAGCGGCGUUACCAGGGCGCUAUGUCCGCUCGAACAAAAGGUGGCUAUGGGAGCCGCUCAUUAUGGACUGGGACCAGUACCUGGCGGGCCCUCGAGGAAUCAAAGAGGUGGAUGCUCUGCUCGCAAUGUAUUUUAGCGAGAUCCCGGAGGAGCUAUCCGUACGGGCAGUACUCGAAAUCAUCCGUGCAUCGUGA